GACGAUGACGUCACGAAGUGACGUCAUGAAGCCACGCCCCCUAGCCUGACGUCACGAAGUGACGUCAUGAAGCCACGCCCCCUAGCCUGACGUCACGAAGUGACGUCAUGAAGCCACGCCCACUAGCCUGACGUCACGAAGUGACGUCAUGGCUGACGUCAUAGGAUUGCGACACUAUUGCGAAAGGGGUGGGUCGACAAGUCAGGACGAGCAGGGACAUGAUGGAAAUGGGACGGAGUAUAAAAAACAAGGUUUAAAAAAGAAAAAGGAAAGGUAUAAAACGAGGGGAACACGGUCUUGUUUCAUUGAACACGGCAACGUAUCCUACGAAGCGAGGGACUACAGCAAUCGAGGGAGAAAAGGAAUCAUGGCUGGGUAUUAUAACAGCAUCUACGAAACAUCCAUACCGUCACCCCCUGAAAGGAGAGGAGGGGGAGGAGCAGAAGAUAGACACGAUUCGGAUGUUGUAUAUAGUGAGAACCCGUUGUAUGUCGCCGAUGAACUGGGAUACGGGGAUAUGGAGCAUUACAAAAAUCAGAAAGAACCUCAGAAAGAAGGGGUGGAGUUAAAGAUGAAACCAUCCAACCAUCGUCAGUUUGGUAGAGACAGGGUAGAAUCCCGUACGUGGAGUGGAAAAACUGAAAGAAGUGACGGUGACGAAGGUUCAGAAGUACUUUUCAAAUGUCCAAUCAGCAUGAAGGAGGAUAGGCCUAAAUACCUCGUCGCAAAGACAUUUCGUAAGCAGGUGUACGUGGAUGUGAGAGAAUACUUUGAAAAAGGCAAAGAACACUUACCGACCAGGAAGGGCGUGACUUUGACUUUGGACGAGUUCAGAGCAGUGUGCAAAGAAAGCCCAAACAUCCAGAGAGCAGCCAAAGGAAAAUGUAAGAUGACAAAUUGAUGGGACAGUCGACAGGGUUCGAGAAAUCGUUCAAGGUUUUCCGCAACAUCCAUCGCAAGAUGACACAUCGACACCGACGGUAAGUGAACGUAGCGUAACGAACUCUAAUAGGGAAGUAAGAGAUGUGGAAAGUAGGGUCAACCCCGUUAGUUCCGAAGUUCAUGCUGCUUCUUUAGGCGAGAAAUGGUCCGAUGAUGAUGAUUUUGUCAUUCCGAAUCGUAAGCCAGGCAAAGGUCGAAAGCGACAACGCAUCACUGCGCGCGUUUCAAAAUCUAAAAGUUCAAAUUCUACUGGAAAAAGUAAACGUAAUUCCAAUCAUCCAACGAAGCGUAGGCGUCUUGUAAUCGAUUCACCAAAAAUCAUAGAAAACCAACGGGAAUAUUCAAAUUUCCAGAAUACAGAGAUUAACGAACAGGGUAUCCCCCUCCACGUUGACGAUACUCCAGCCCCUUCUCAUCACGAAGGUCCUGGAAGUACUUAUGUAUCGAAAUAUUCACCACCAUCCCGUAUCAACUAUUCUUUUUCAUCGGACGAUGAAGGGUGGGAUGAUAUUCAAAGGGCUGCAAUACAUCUGAAACAGACUAAGUUGCGAAUCAGUUACAGUUCAAAAAAUAUUUUAAAGGAUGGUAGAGGAAAGUCAAAGUCGAAGGGUGGGAGAAAAAUUAAAUUCAACCGUCUAAGUAGAACCAGACGUAGGCGUGUUGCUAUUGAUCCACCAAUAAUCUUAGAAAAUCAAAGGGAAAACUCCAACGUUGCAAAUAUGGAGGUAGGAGAACCGACUACCCCACCUCCUUCCCCUCAAGAAGACCCUGGGAGUAAUCAUGUAUCAGGAGAUGAGUGGGAUAUACCAGCCCCUUCUCAUCAUGAGGGCCCCGGGACUAGUUAUCAAUCGAGAUAUCCACCACCACCCCAUGUCAAUUACUAUUUUUCCUCGGACGAAGAAGAAAGGGAUGAAAUGCAAAGGGGUAGUAAAAAUAGGCAAAUGGGUGGGAUGCGUAUAAAUAAGAAAUUAAAGAAAAAAAAAUCAAAGGGAAAUAUCGAUAACGCAAAGUCGAUGAAUGUAGAAAAUAACAAUGACUUUGAAAAUAAUAACUCAUCCAAUGAAACAAUUAGGGAUCGUCCCAUUCCUCCCUGUCCAGAUGAAAAUGCAGACGAGUCGAGGUGGAAAUACGUUAAUUCUAAAUUUUCCAAAAGAUUCGGGGUUCGUGAAACGUGGUACGACUUUGCAGGAAAUUUGGAAAAUUGCACCUCGGUUCAAGAUCUUCUCCGAUAUAUUGAAGCCUCCCUCAAUCAGCUGAAAAAUAAUCUCUUGAAUGGUACUUCGGAGAGGGACUAUGUUCGUUUAGUUCUAGUAUCUGAACAUUUGAAUAUACCUAUUGGUUUUCCGUGGGCAAUGGUGAAACACUUUGACAUUAGCGCGAUUCUUGAACGUAUAGAGCGCGUAUUAAACAGCAAUCAGGAAUUUAUAUUGAAACCUGGUUUUACAAUCAGGUUUCACCAUGUAAUCAACCCCGUAGGUGGUUAUACCCGAAAAAUGGACGGGCUGUCCGAUGCCGAGGCAUCGAUUCGGAAAAGAUCAAUUAUCACCGUGCCCUCCUCCAAAGAAGAAAAAACAUGCUUUGCAAAUGCGAUAGUGAUCGCCAGAUAUUUUGUAAACGGGAAUAAUAGAUGCAAACUUUGGGCGCGGACGGAUCGAAAACCCACAGAGGGUUUACGAAAAGAAGCCGCGGAACUUCACGAGCUAGCGGGUGUUACAGUAGGGGAAGUUGAUUCCUCCCACUAUGCAAAAUUUCAGGAAGUACUCCAUCCUGAUUAUAGACUUGUGAUUUACAGAGGUAGGCAAAAGCAUUGUAAGAUAUACGCAGGACCCUCCGCCCCCAAGACAUUAUAUCUGUAUCUGACGGAAUCAUCGCAUUACAAUGUAAUAAAAAACAUGUCAGCAUUUUUAUGUGCCAAGAAUUAUUGCAGUAAAUGCUUGAACAUAUUCAAUGAUCCCCGUCAUCAUGAAUGUUCUGUAACAUGCCCCGAUUGCUAUUCGGAUAAGUGUGACCGUAGCGAUCAAACAAAGCGUUCUCCCCGCGUGUGUUCCAAAUGUAAUAUGACGUUUCUGACCGAACGCUGUUUUCAGUUACAUAGUAUUACAGUAUUCAAAGACUCUAUAGCCUGUAAAACAAGAAAAAAAUGCAAAAAAUGCGAGCGCGUUUUUGACAAAGAUAGUUACCACGGUCGUAUCGGAGAACACGAUUGCUCACAAAUAUUCUGUCGAACGUGUAAAGCCUAUGUAGAUGGUCCAACUCAUGAGUGUUACAUGAAAGUGCCUAAAGAGAGCCCCUAUUAUGUCCCAACAGAAGAAGAAAAAGAACAAAUGGAGGAAAAAAAGAAAAAGAAAAAGAAAAGGAAAAGGAAAAGAAGAAGAAGAAGGAAAAUGAAUCGGAAGAAGGGAAGGAAGAUUUACCCGAUAGUAAAUGGUAUAUCUUUUUUGAUUUUGAAUGUACGCAAAACACUGGUUCCCACGUUCCCAAUUUAGUCCAUGCAACUUGGGAAUGCACCAAUUGUAUGGACGGACUUACUUCCCCUGAAACAGGUUGCGAAGGGUGUCUGGAUGGUAGGGCCGGUAUCACUUUUGAAGGUAAAGACACACUUCGCGACUUUUCCGAAUGGUUAUUUUCCCCAGCUCACGAUGGGGAUAUAGCCAUUGCCCAUAUUAGUAAAGCAUAUGAUUCGUACUUUUUACUAAAUCACCUUGUCACCAAGGGGAUUGUCCCUGAAGUAAUCAUGAAUGGGGGUAAAAUUUUGAGCCUAAGAACUAAAGAUCCCAAGAUUGUUGUGAAGGAUAGUCUCAAUUUUUUUCAAAUGGGACUAGCCAAACUACCCAAAACUUUCGGAAUCAAAGAAUUAAAGAAGGGAUUCUUCCCCCAUCUCUUCAACACAGAGGAGAAUGAGAACUAUGUAGGGCCCCUACCAGCUAAAAAGUACUACGGUACAAGUUCAAUGAUGAAGACUGUAUUACAAGAUUUCAACGAAUGGUAUGACAGCCUGCCCCCUGACUACAUUUUUGAUUUCCAAAAAGAACUGAGAGAAUAUUGCGAAAGCGAUGUCCAAAUAUUACACCAGAGUUGUAAAAUAUUCAGGAACCAUUUCAAAGAGAUCACAAAAACCAAGACGAAUGAAACCGGUAUCGAUCCCUUCCUCCGCACCCUCACGCUACCCAGCGCAUGUAACUUACUCUUUAGGACCAACUACCUAAGGCCCGACACGAUCGCGCUCAUUCCACAAGAGGGGUACGCCAAUCCUAAGCGCUAUUCAAUCAAGAGUGUAGAAUGGUUGACCCAUAUGUCAAGAGAGAAAGAAAUAGAAAUUAGACAUGCAUUAAACGGCGGGGAGCGCAAAGUGCACGGUCGAUAUGUCGACGGGUAUGGAGAACGCGGGGAUGAGAAGUAUGUCUUUGAAUUCCUUGGAUGCUAUUUUCACGGAUGUGAAAUGUGUUUCAAACCGGACACCCUCAAUCCGCGGUGUGACAAAAAGAUGGGAGUGUUGUACAAUGAUACGUUACAUCGUCUCCAACUUCUAAGGGAUGGAGGGUAUCAUGUCAACUUCAUCUGGGAACACGAUUGGGACAGAGAAAGGGAAAGUGAGCAGAUCGCCCCUCAUAUCCAGCAUCUCAAGGAAACUCUCAGAAAUCCUUUGAACCCCCGCGAUUCGUUUUUUGGAGGUCGUACGGACGGUUGUGUUUUAUUUUACAAAGCGAAACCGGACGAGAAAAUACUAUAUUAUGAUUUCACAAGCCUCUACCCCUACAUUAACAAGUUUGGGAAAUAUCCAGUAGGGCACCCGCGGAUUCUCCAUUCGGAUUUUCCCCCGGUUGACCAAAUCUUCGGGCUAGUGCAGUGUGAUAUUACACCUCCAAAAAACCUGUAUCAUCCGGUGCUGCCAUAUCGGUCCGCAGGCAAGCUCACCUUUCCCCUUUGUGCUGCGUGCGCUGAAUCACUUAAUCAGGGCAAGUGUACCCAUUCAAACGCUGAGCGCAAGCUGAAAGGCGUAUGGGUGUCAGAAGAGAUAAAGAAAGCCAUGGAAAAGGGGUAUCAUAGCUUAAACAUAACAGAGGUGUGGCAGUUUGAUCGCUACGCACAGUAUGACGAAUUGAUUCAAGCGGGUGGUCUAUUUACGAAAUAUAUAGAUGCGUUUAUGAAACUAAAACAGGAAUCAUCGGGAUAUCCUGUGAAUGUCACAACACCCUCGGAACAAAAAGAGUACAUAAAGGAUUACUAUGAACACGAGGGUAUCCUGCUAGACCCCAAGAAAAUAGAAAAAAACCCUGGACUUCGUGCAAUCUCGAAGUUAAUAAUUAAUGUACUCUGGGGUAAAUUUGCCCAGAGAGAUAAUCUACGUCAGACAGUAUACGUAGAAUCCCCCGAGGAAUUACUUAAACAAUUGAAUGAUGAUUCCGUAAUUGUACAAGAUAUUCUCAUCUUGAAUGAGUUACUACAACUUAACUUUUCUCGGGCGGAGGGUUUUGUCGAUCAGAAUGUUAACACCAAUAUUAUUAUCGCUACGUUCACCACAGCGAUGGCGAGGUUGAAACUAUAUUCUGUCCUUGAGAAGUUGGAUGAUAGGGUGUUGUACUAUGAUACCGAUAGUGUAGUGUUUAGGACGGAUCCGUCGCUCGAACCCUCAGAUCCAAAAACAGGGGACUAUCUAGGUGACUUAACGAAUGAGAUUGAUCCUACUAACGAGGAAUAUAUUGAAACGUGGGUUUGUGGAGGUCCUAAAAACUAUAGCUACAAGACAAACAAGGGGAAUACCGUUUGCAAGGUUCGCGGGUUUACUUUAAACGAUGCAAACUCCCUUGUAAUAAAUCAUGAAACGUUGAAGGAAAUGAUCCAAAGUAUUGAGAAUGAAACCCGUACUAUCCAUGAAUCCAAAAUCGUAAGGGAUGUUGAAAACAAAACCAUUCAUACGGUCCAACGUAAAAAGGACUACCGGGUAGUGUUUACAAAGAGGGUUCGAGUCGGGGAUGGUACAAAAACAUUACCCUAUGGGCACCAAGACAUAGAAUGAAUGUAUACUUUACACGAAUGGUA